GCAUGGGAUGUAUUGAAGCUUGGAUUCUUGGAAAAAGGUUUAAAGGAGUUAGUUAAAUUUGGAAAGUUUGUUGAGAUUGAAGACACACCUGCUAUUGGUUCAUUAAAUGUUGAGGUUGCUGAUGAACACGUCGCCCCUAAACCAAAGUUUCCAUUCGCCAUUGAAGAGAUUGAAUUAUAUAAUGAUGAAGAAGAUCAAGAAAAUGAAUUGACAGAAAAUAAGUUUGAAGAUUUUAUUCAAAAAAGUAUCUCAAACCCAAAGAAGGAUUCAGAUGUCAAACCACCGGUUGUAACUGAAAGGGAAAGUGACUAG